AUGGCCUCAGAAAUCUCCACACCAGGGGGAACGCCCCAAGCCCCCGUUGAGAAGCCCUCCGCUCCCCCAGUCAACAUCCUCUCCUCGCCGAUAGCCCGCGUCUACUCGAUCGUCCACCCAGCACUACUCCUGGCAUUGGGCGCGACUCGCUUCGAAGCAUUGGUUACAAACCCCACCAAGGAGCUCCUUUCCACUCUGCCAUGGCUCACCCUGAUCCAACUCACCUACGUGAUUAUCUGUCUGCCUCCCGCAGGGUCAAUAGAGACCAACACGCCUGCGGCAGAUGGCAAGUCAAGCCCUCGGUCGCCGGGAGGUAGUGGUGCAUCGCGCAAUGGGAAGCACGGCAAGCGCAAGCAGCAUGUCAAUAGCUGGACCUGCAUUUGGUCACGACUACUGCCGGCUUUCCUCUCGCUCGCCCUGACAUUCGCCAUAGCCACCCCGGUGCUGGCCAUUCUCCUCGUUCUUUUCGGCGCCCCCCUCACGACGCACAAUUGUGAGACCAUCCUGGGUGCCGCCCACAUGGCCGUUCUAUCCGCAAUGGCUCUGAUUUAUACCCAUGGCUUGGACCGGUCAGUCUGGAACGAAGUUUGGGGGAUUGCUCGGCCCGCCGAUGCAGUUUGGGGUAGCGCACUGGGCACCGGAUUGGGCGCGUGGUUCGGCGCUAUUCCUAUUCCUCUCGAUUGGGACCGACCUUGGCAGGCAUUCCCGAUCACGAUCCUCACUGGAGCUUACCUCGGGUAUGCCCUUGGCGGGUUUGUCGCUCGCACACCGCUCGUCUUUGGCAAGCGUGUUCGGUUCACGGAGGAGGACGAGGGCGACGCCGAGAAGAAGACUAACUAG